AUGCACGUCUGGUUCUUGUUAGUAGUAUCUGCGGUAACUCUACAAGCUCAAGAUUUGAAAACAUUUGGUAUUGGUCUUUCUUCUCAAUGGCUAUAUCCAAAUGAGACCGAAAUUUUUAAUCAUACACUUACUUCUGGUUCAUUAUGGGGUGUUCUCACGCAUUUUUGGGCGACAGGUGAUCCGGCGAUCGAUCUCUCGACUUUUUCGUACUAUGUCGAUGGCGAAAGUGUUCCAUCCAUUCAAUUCGUAAGUUAUAUGGUAGCUGGCGUUGGUUUUAACGAUCAAACUGCACCUUGGGGUACGAAAUGGAUGGGUAAAGGAGCGAAAGGUGGUGCUUGGUACAAUAAUUUUCGAGUUCCAUUUCAAAAAUCUAUUCGAGUAACUGGUCACUUACCAGUCGGUAUGACCGAUAGAAAAGCGAUCUGGACCAUUGUACGUGGCACAGAAAAUCUACUCACUGCUUUUCAUGGCUUCCAACUUCCGAUCAAUGCGCGUUUAACUUUACAUAAAAUUGAAAAUAAAACGUAUGAUCCAUUCGCAUGGGUUCGUGUGGUAGACAUUCCAACUGGUCGAGGUCUUCUUCUUUCGCAUAGUCUAGCAGUUGUUAGUGGAAAUCUGGAAUUUCUCGAAGGGUGUUAUCAUGCUUAUCCAGACUACGGACAAGCGUUUCCCGGUGUAAUCAUUUCGACGGGUACGGAAGAUUAUUUCGAUAGUGCUUUUUAUUUCAAUGCCGGACAAUUUCAUUUUGAAGUUUCGGGUUAUACACAUUUUCGACAAGUAUCUAAUAGUACAUUGGAAUGGUCUGCUUAUCGUAUGCAUGAUCUCGAUCCAAUCUUUUUUAACAAUGGUUUUCGUUUUGAAUGGAGAAAUGGUGAUGUUCUCGAUGAUCAUGGUUUUAAAUGUCUUGUCUAUCAAGGUGGAAAUGCAAUCGGAUCACCGACGCAAUCGAUUGUGACUUCAUAUGCCUGGAUUUAUACUUGGUAG